AUGUCUCCUCCUGCUGCAAGUGGUCGAUCAGAAUCUGGCACAGCACGUUUCCUAGGAAGUGCAAGCUCUGGUAUCCUUGAGCUUUUGAUCUUUCAUCCAGUAGACACCGUUGCCAAACGCCUUAUGAGCAACCAGACAAGGAUCUUUGGUGCGGGCCAUUCCAUGGCCGAAAGUCGGGCCGCCUUAAGUAAUGUGAUCUUCAAAGAUGCGGCCAAUGAGGCAUUUUUGAAAAAGUACGCGUCUUUGUUCCCUGGGCUUGGGUUUGCUGCAGGCUACAAGAUUGCUCAACGCAUUUACAAGUUUGGUGGACAACCGUUUGUAAAGGAUUAUCUUAACAAGCACCACAAGGAUGCGUUUACAGCUGCAUUUGGUGAGAAAUCAGGCAAAACCAUGAUGCAUGCAACAGCAGGAAGUCUUGUCGGCAUUGGUGAAAUCGCGUUACUUCCGCUGGAUGUGCUUAAAAUCAAACGCCAAACCAAUCCAGAAGCUUUUCGUGGCCGUGGUUUCUUGACCAUCAUCAAAGAUGAAGGCAUGGGCUUAUACAGGGGUGCUGGAUGGACAGCUGCACGUAACGCACCAGGAUCCUUUGCAUUGUUUGGUGGCUCGGCGUUUGUCAAGGAGCACAUUUUCCAUCUUCAUGACUACAACAAGGCAACCUUUUUCCAAAACUUUUGUGCAUCCAUUGGUGGUGCUGUUUCAUCCAUCACUGUGGCAGCACCUUUGGAUGUCGUCAAGACGCGUAUUCAGAAUCGUAACUUUGAGAAUCCUGAGUCUGGUUUCAAGAUUGUCAAAGAUCUAGUCAAAAACGAGGGACCAAGUGCUUUCUUCAAGGGGUUGACACCCAAGAUUUUGGUGGUUGGUCCCAAGUUGAUCUUUAGUUUCACUGUAGCCCAGCAUCUAAUCCCUGUGUUUGAUCGCAUGCUUUGA